AUAAAAGUGACCCCGGGUCGGGCUGUGCAACGUACCCGUGCAAUCAGCGAUAGGACAGAACACCAAAAUGGGCAAAAUCGUCUUCUACGAGGAGAAGAACUUCCAGGGUCGCUCCCAUGAGACCAGCAGCGACUGCGCCGAGCUGACUUCUUACCUGAGCCGCUGCAACUCGUGCCGGGUGGAGAGCGGCUGCUUCAUGGUCUACGAACGCCCCAACUACAUGGGCCACCAGACGCUGGCGAAGAAGGGCGAGUACCCGGACAACCAGCGCCUGAUGGGGAUGACCGCGAGCGACUGCAUCCGUUCCAGCCGCAUGAUCCCCACGCACAGAGGUCCGUUCAAGAUGAGGAUCUACGAGCGGGAGAACUUCAGAGGUCAGAUGAACGAGGUGAUGGAGGACUGCGACUCCGUCCAGGAGCGCCUCCGCAUGUCCGACUGCCAGUCCGUCAACGUGAUGGACGGCCACUGGCUGAUGUACGAGCAGCCGCAGUACCGAGGCCGGAUGCUGUACCUGAGGCCCGGGGAGUACAGGAGCAUGAGGGACAUGGGAACAGGUCCAAUGGACAUGAAGAUCGGAUCCAUGCGGCGCAUCAUGGACUCCUGUUGAACGACAGAUUGGGCUCGAGACUGAUGGAUGAAAUCAACAAUUACACCAAUAAAGAAUUACUAUUAUUAUUGAGUUAAGGGAGGAAAUUAGGACACAAAAUUUGAUUAAGAAAUUGCAUUAUCAUCAGCUGGUGAAUCACAUGAAUAGUUUGGGCUGUAGUGAAUGCUGCUGCUCAUGUAUGAUGCACGGCACAUUAAAAGUUCAUUUCAAACGAUGAAAGUGGAA